AUGGCUGCUGCUGCCACUGUGCCCGCCAUGGCCGCCCAGAUGCCCACCCAGGAACAGACCACCCAGACCACCUCCCAGCAGGAUGUGCGCCCUGACUUGCCGCGCCCUUACAAGUGUCCUCUGUGCGACAAGGCCUUCCACCGCCUCGAGCACCAGACUCGUCACAUCCGCACUCACACUGGCGAGAAGCCGCACGCCUGCCAGUUCCCGGGCUGCACAAAGCGCUUCAGCCGUUCCGAUGAGCUGACCCGUCACUCGCGCAUCCACAACAACCCCAACUCGAGACGUGGCAACAAGCAACAUGCCGCUGCCGCUGCUGCAGCUGCUGCCGCCGCCGCUGCCGCUCAAGCCGGAAUCAUGGACCAGGCUCAGCACCAGGUCAUGCAGCAGAUGAACCACAUGAUGCCUCCUCCGCCCAAGAUGAACAGCCUGGCCCACUCGGCGCCCUCUUCUCAGCUCUCAUCGCCCAACGUUUCUCCUCCUCACUCUUACGCCAGCGCCUACACAAGCAACCCUGGCUCCUACCUGACGCGUAACGUGAGCGGCGAUCUCAGCCCUGCUGGCCUCAACCACCCCAUGGACAUCAACCUUCUGGCCACCGCUGCCUCGCAAGUCGAGCGCGAAAACUCGCUUCCCUCGCACCACAUGGGUCUUGCCAGCAGACACACAUACGGCACCCACCCUUACAGCCACCACCCUUACUCGACCGGCCGCCUUCCUUCUCUCUCGGCUUAUCACUACAGCUCCAACCCCACUUCUCAGCCAAUGUCGCGUUCGCACUCGCACGAGGAUGAUGACCCUUACUCCCACCGCAUGACCAAGAAGUCGCGUCCUGGCUCUCCUCAGUCGACCGCACCGCCAUCGCCCUCAUUCUCUCACGAAUCCACCUCGCCAACUCCCGACCACACACCUUUGGCUACUCCUUCUCAUUCUCCUCGGCUUCGUCCGCAGUACUUCCAUAACGCCCUUGCCCCUGUUGAGCCGUCCGCUGACGGUCAACAGCCGUACAUUCCGACGCACCACAGCGGCCUACGUAUCAGUGAGAUCAUGGAACGCGAAGAUGGAGCUCAACGAAAACUGCCCAUCCCGAUGGUGCCAUCAGCCGUCAAAGUCAACGAUCUCCUCAACAACCCCAAUGGCUUCAGCAGCGGUCAGUCUAGCACUACUGGCAGCAUAGCCGGCGACAACUCGAAUUAA